UAAGAAAAAAAAUAGAGAGAAAUGUACAGACCAACAGAAAACAACAGCUAAUGGAGAAAUUGGCAAGGUAGAGAGAGGAGAGAGAAAGCAACGAGGGUGGAAUCUGAUUCAAUUUCCACAGUUAGGAGAGAGAAGGUGUAUAGACUGUAGAGAGAGAGAAUUCAGAGAGGGAGAGAGAGGUGGGAUCUAAUUCAAUUCCUCUCCAGCGGUCUCACCUUCCUCCACCAGCAUCGCCAUCACACCCUCAUCAUCCUUCAAAACCCUAGAAAAAUUCCAUACAAUUCCGGCCAUGUCUCUCAACAUGAAAACCCUAACCCAGGCCCUAGCCAAAACCGCCGCGGUAAUAGAAAAGACCGUACACACCACCGUACAGGAAGUCACUGGACCCAAACCCCUCCAAGACUACGACCUUCUCGACCAGAUCGGCUCGGCCGGUCCUGGCCUCGUGUGGAAGCUCUACUCCGCCAGGUCUCGCGGAUCCAGUCUAUCGCAGCAGUACCCCACCGUCUGCGUCUGGGUGCUCGACAAGCGCGCUCUGUCUGAGGCUCGGCAACGAGCCGGGCUGACCAAGGCGGCCGAGGACUCGUUUUUCGAUAUAAUUCGGGCAGAUGCAGCGAGGCUGGUGCGGUUGAGGCACCCGGGUGUGGUCCAUGUGGUUCAGGGUUUGGAUGAGAACAAGAAUGCCAUGGCUAUGGUGACAGAGCCGUUGUUUGCGUCGGUUGCUAAUGCGCUUGGAAAUGUGGAUAAUAUGGCAAACGUGCCUAAGGAGCUGAAAGGAAUGGAAAUGGGAUUGUUGGAGGUAAAGCAUGGGUUGCUUCAGAUUGCAGAAUCCUUGGAUUUCCUUCAUAACAAUGCACGACUUAUUCAUCGGGCUAUAUCCCCUGAGGUUAUAAUUUCUUUUAAAAUAUUGCUUUCCUAACUGUUUAUUGACAUU